GAAAGGACUCUGGUGUGGGCAGCGAUGGCUUUCUGUUGUCUGACCUUGAGUGUUUUUGCAGAACAAGAAUGACUUCCUCUUGAAACUGGCCUGCCCGCUCUACUGAGAGCUGUGCGGACAGCCGGGAUGCGGCAGGGCCCAUGCUGGCUGCCCUGGACGUCCCAUUGGUGCUGAGCCUCAGCAUGGCGUCUGUGAAGUCCCCCGUGCUGGAGGAGCCCCGUGGGAAGCCGCUCCUGUCCUGGACCUCCAUCUUUGGGCCGCGGAGCGAGAAGCUGGGGCUGAGCAGGGCCGAGGGUGUGCCCGAGGAGCCGGUGCUCACCAUCACCAUCACCGAGACCACAGCACUUGAGUCAGACCUGGGCGUGUGGAGCACCCGUGCGCUGGUCUACCUCAGCCUCUGGUUCUUCUUCAGCUUCUGCACCCUCUUCCUCAACAAGUACAUCCUGUCCUUGCUGGAGGGCGAGCCCAGCGUGCUGGGUGCCGUACAGAUGCUGUCCACCGCCUGCAUUGGCUGCGUCAAGAUCUUCGUGCCUUGCUGCUUGUAUCAGCACAAAGCCCGCCUCUCCUACCCACCCAAUUUCAUUCUCACCAUGUUGUUUGUGGGACUGAUGAGAUUCGCGACAGUAGUUUUGGGCUUAGUCAGCCUGAAAAAUGUGGCAGUUUCCUUUGCUGAGACGGUGAAGAGCUCGGCCCCCAUUUUUACUGUCAUCAUGUCCCGCAUGAUUCUGGGGGAGUAUACAGGUUUGUUUGUCAACCUCUCCCUCAUCCCUGUCAUGGGAGGGCUGGCGCUGUGCACUGCCACUGAGAUCAGCUUUAACAUUCUGGGCUUUUCAGCUGCAUUGUCCACCAACAUCAUGGACUGUUUGCAGAAUGUUUUCUCAAAGAAGCUCCUCAGCGGGGAUAAAUACCGGUUCUCGGCUGCAGAGCUCCAGUUCUACACCAGCGCAGCAGCCGUAGCCAUGUUGGUCCCUGCCUGGGUGUUCUUCAUGGACUUGCCCGUGAUUGGGAAGAGUGGGAGGAGCUUCAACUACAGCCAGGAUGUGGUGGUGCUGCUGCUGCUGGACGGGGCGCUGUUCCACCUGCAGAGUGUCACGGCCUAUGCGCUCAUGGGGAAGAUCUCCCCUGUCACCUUCAGUGUGGCCAGCACCGCAAAGCACGCCCUGUCCAUCUGGCUCAGCAUCCUCAUCUUUGGCAACAGAGUCACCAGCCUGUCGGCCAUCGGCACCAUCCUCGUGACAGCAGGCGUCCUGCUGUACAACAGAGCCAAGCAGCACCAGCGGGAGGCCAUGCAGAGCCUCGUCACGACCACUGGCCGCUCCCUAGAGGAGGACACUGAGCCUCUAGUCCCCAAAGACCCCAGGCCCAGCCUGCAGUGAACCUCCUGUGCUUGGGAAACUAGGGUGGGACCAGGACUCGGUCCACAGCAGCGGAAGUUACUUUGGGACCCAGAUGUUGGCUCGCUGCAGUGGAUGCCAGGGAGGCUGCUAGCAUGCAGGCUGGCCUGCAAUCUUGGGAUCACGGGACGGCAGUGCCGCCCCCAUGCCUGCGCCUUGGCAGCCAGCUCCCUGCUGCUGAGGGCACGAGGUGGGCACAUGCGUCGGUCCCAGGCUGCCUUCACCACUUAUGGGAAGGCAUGGUUGCUGACUGAGGUCUAUACUGUGCCA